AUCCGUGGUAUGUUUUCUUUUUCCGAGCUGCUACUGCAAUUCAAUUUGUUGCUAGCUAUGGAUUUAUUGAGUUAAAAAGACUAAUCAUUCAGGUGACUACGCCAUUGCUGUUGGCCGCAACGUCUGCCACGGUUCCGACUCUGUUGAGAACGCCAAGAAGGAGAUUGCCCUUUGGUUCAAGCCUGAGGAGGUCCACAAGUGGAACCAGCACUCUGACUCGUGGAUCUACGAGAACUGAAGUCUUGACGAUCUGUCUCAAGACCAGAUGAAGGGAAGCCCUAGUCUUUAGAUUGUCUGUAGCUGAUCUUGCAAGACUACGCCUGAUUGUCUGUUGUACGUGAUGACUGUGCUGAUUAGAAAAUGUUUUGACUCGCCACCACAAAGACAAAAGACGACAAAGUACACCAGAAACAAGAGAAGACAUGGGCUGGUUCUGGGCAGACGAAGCAGCAGUGAAGCCAUCAGAGUCGCAUAAGCAUGUACUCGCAGGAUCCAAGGACACCGGCGCAACUUGUCCCAUUGAUCACAGCCAAUUCACACGACACAGACGCCAAUCCGAUACACAAGUAGCUCCCUCUGCACAACCUGCAGCGACAGGCAAGUGUCCCGUAGAUCAUGAUGAUAUGGAUUCCAUCAAUCCGCUCAAUAUGAUGCCACGUCUCUCACAACAGCAAAUCUCAGCGCAACAAGGUGUUCCCUUGCCUACAGAACGAGAAAUCUCCUCCAUCCCAAAGGCACCAGCGGCUGAAGGUGCCUCGAGGUGGGAGUAUCCCUCUGCUCAACAACUCUACAAUGCUAUGGUCAGAAAAGGCUUUGAGCAGUCUGGCGAACAUGUCGAAUCCAUGCUUUCUGUACACAACUUUUUGAACGAAGGCGCAUGGAAUGAGAUUCUGACAUGGGAGAAGGAACGUGAUGCACAGGCAGAGCCAUUCCUCAGACGAUUCACAGGCAGACCGGCAACACCGUCACCCAAGGCGUGGAUGGUGGUCAACUUGAUGGGUGGUGCGCCACCUUUUGAUCGACAUGAUUGGUAUGUUGCGCGGCAAGAUGGUUCAGAAGCGCGGUAUGUCAUUGACUACUAUGAAGGCCCUGAUGAGGAAGGGAUGGCGAGUGUCUAUUUCUUGGAUAUCAGACCUGCGCUCGACUCUCCCGGUGCUGCCUUUCAACGCAUCUCGCGAUGGACGAGUGAGACGUGGACGAAAGCCAAGGGCGAGCAUGGCAGGACAGAGUAGUCUCAACUUGAAUC